AUGAAGUAUAUAAAUGAAUGCCGCUGUGAAUUCUCAAUCACAGACGCUCAUUUAAUUUGUACCUACCGACCGAUCGGGGCAUAAAAAGAUCAAAACAACUUCAAACCCAACUGCCUAUAUUGCAAAACAAAAAUCAGUGCAAAAUGUUCAAAUUCGUCGUCCUUUGUGUGGUGGCUCUUGUAGCUUGUGUUGCUGCCAAGCCAGCUGUGUUCGCCCCGUUCGCAGCCUAUUCAGCGCCAUUGGUAGCAGCGGCGCCCUUCAGUGCAGCAUACGCAACAGCUCCAGUGAUUGCACCAUACGCAAGCACCUACAAUGCCCACUCGAUUGCCCACUCCGCCACUUAUCCUGCAACAGUGUAUGCAGCUCCUGCACCGAUUGCACCAGUUGCCCCAGUUGCACCAGUUGCUCCUGCUGUUCGACCGCCAGUUGUGGAAAAUGAAGCAGCGGAAAUAUUGUUCUAAAAUGUUGAUUUUUAUGACCUUAACUUAAAGCUUCGCGUUAAAUUUUGACCUGUUACCUGUACCUAUGUUAUUUUUUUUAAUAUUUUGUUCUUUAUGUUUUUUUACUUUACCUUUCUACCAUAAAUAAAUAAUGUGAUAAUUUUUAUGAAAAUUAAUAAUUUUUUUUA